AUGGCUCAUAAAACUAACCCUUUAUCAUCUUCCCCUCAAAAUGAGACCAAAACAUUAGAAGAUACUAAAUUAAAAUCAAAAAGUAAUCAUUCCGUCAGUACAAGACUUCAGAAAGAAUUAAUGUCACUAAUGAUGAACCCUGAGAAAAGUGUUUCAGCAUUCCCAGGUGAAAACUUAUUUAAAUGGGUUGCCACAAUGAGUGGACCUGUUAAUACUGUAUAUGAAGGUCUUAGUUAUAAAUUAUCAAUGGAAUUUCCUCAAAGUUAUCCAUAUGCACCUCCUGUUGUGAAGUUCACUAGCCCUUGCUACCAUCCAAAUGUUGAUACCUCUGGAAAUAUUUGCUUAGAUAUUUUAAAAGAUGAAUGGUCUGCACUAUAUGAUGUUAGAGCAAUUUUGCUUUCAAUUCAAUCACUCUUAGGAGCCAUGAUUGGGUUUAAAAUUUUUGAGCCGCUAAUAGAUUCUUUAAAUAUAAAAAGUAGUUGA